AUGUCUGGUGAAGGAGACUUCGAAGUCGAAGUGCCCGAUGCCAGCGAAAUCAUUGAUGGACUGUUUGUGGGAACCGCAGAGGCUGGCAUUGAGGCCACCGUGGGCGCCAACUGCAGGCAGAUUCGAUACAUUCUGAACGUCGGUGGAUGCGUUACGCCUGCCAUGUUCGCAGCUGUGGCCGAAGCUUUGGCGAACGCGGAGAACGGAAAUGAUGAUGGCCGUGGAACAAAGACCCUAGCUUGGAACAAUGACCAGGUGUACACUCAAAAUGGCGUCGUAACGCUGGCAAUGCCGAUGGACGACUUCGGGAGGACACAACUGACCGAAGCCUUUCUGCAACGUUGCUUCGAUUUUAUUGCAGCCGGGCUGGAGGAGGGCCGUGUUUUGGUGCACUGCCGUUUGGGUGUGAACCGCAGCGUCACAGUGGCUGCAGCCUUUCUGAUGCGUCGCAAUCGCUUCAGCGCCGACCAGGCCCUGCAACUGCUGCGGGAGCGGCGCCCCGGGGCACAGCCGAACGAGGCCUACUGCGAGCAGCUCCGGCAGAUGCCACAGAGUUGGGAAGAUGGCCAGGUGGCUGAUGCAGAGUAUGAUGCCAUCGCUUUGGCCCCAUGA